AUGAAGCUGUUUCGUGGGAUUCUUGCAUACCUUUUGGUGUGCUUACCUUUGGCAUGGGGCAAGGAUGACCCCAUGGCUCUAUUGGCUACUUUGCCUCCAUGUGCAUUGAAAUGCAUGGUUACUGCCGUCGAGGCUUCGACAUGUGAACUUGGCGAUGUCAAAUGCACAUGCACCAAUGCGGCGCUCACAGCCCAGAUCGAGAAAUGCGUCUUGACGUCCUGCACCGUCCCUGAAGCUCUGAGCACCAAGAACACCACCUUGACAACAUGUGGUGCCCCCGUCCGCAAUCACCGAGCCGAAUUCGUUACCCUCAACGACGUUAUGGGCACCAUCUCGGGCGUCUUUGUCCUCCAACGAUUCGCAACAAAAUUCUUCUAUAAGCUUCCUCUCGGCCUUGACGACCUCUUCAUCGCCUUGGUCAUGUGUUGCGCGAUCCCCUCCAUCGUCAUCAACUCAUAUGGUCUAGCACCCAGCGGCAUGGGUCGCGAUGUCUGGACGCUAGAACCGGACCAAAUCACCAGCUUCGGCCGCUACUUCUACGUCAUGGCCGUUCUUUACUUUGCCCUCCAAUGUUUCCUUAAGUUGUCUAUGAUUUUCUUUUACCUUCGCAUUUUCCCAACCAAGGGCGUUAGGAGGAGUCUUUGGACCAGCGUUGGCUUCACGUCCUUGUUCGGCAUUGUCUUCGUCUUUGUUACGAUUUUCCAAUGUCGACCUAUCAGUUAUUUCUGGACCAAGUGGAUGCACGAUGCCGACCACCCCGGAACAUGCGCUGAUAUCAAUGCUAUCACGUGGUCUGGCGCUGUCAUCAACAUUGCUCUUGACUUUUGGAUCUUGGGUAUUCCGCUUUCGCAGUUGAAGAAGAUGAACCUGGAUUGGAAGAAGAAGUGGGGUGUAGGAAUGAUGUUCAGCGUUGGUAUCUUCGUUACAAUCAUGAGUAUCCUUCGUCUCAGCGCCACUGUCCGAGCCGGAACAAGCGGCGCCAACUCAACAUGGGAAUACCUCGCCGUGACAAAAUGGUCCACCAUCGAAGCCAACGUCGGAAUUGUCUGUGCCUGUAUGCCCUCUCUCCGAAUUCUUCUCGUCCGUAUCUUCCCCAAGGUGCUUGGCACAUCCAAGCGUCGCUACUACAACUACGGAAGCGACCAGUACGGCAGCAAGCACGGUGGUCCCAACUCGAAUAUCAACCGCUCUCGCGCGCAAACCCUUGGAACAACUUCCAAGGUUGAUAAGACCAACCAUUCACAUUCACGGGUUGAUCCUGUUGGUAUCACUUGUGAUCGCUCUUAUGAGGUGGAGUACGGCAAUAAUGAUGAAGUUCAAUUGGUUUAUAUGAAGGAUAUGGAUAGGAGCAGUGCGAGGUCGAAUGAGGUUUAG